AAUGUUGGACAACUAAUGCGCGGCAGAAACGAUUAAAGGAGUUGCACAGAGUCAAAGGUGUGAUCUGCUCACGCACAGCUUUUCAGUUUCUUUCAGGUUAUAUUUCCACCUUUUCAAUUUUUUACAAAUAACACAAUAUACAGACACAUGACACCCCUCUCUGUAUCGAUACAUAAAUCCAUUCUGGUCACUCCGCGAAAGAUUUGGUCGGCCACUCCAAACUGGCCUGAACAACGGCACAGAUUAUUGUUGACAACUGUGGCUUGUCAGCAAACUUCUCCAGUUUUUAGAACAAUGAAACUAUUGGAACGAAUUUGCGUUGGCUUUAUAGUGGUUUCGAUGGGGUGUCGUUAGUUUUAGCUAACUAAAGAAUUUGACUAAUUCGCGCCUGUGAUAAAUGAUUUGAUUUGGAACGUGUGGCUUAACGCUAGCCAGCUAGCAGAGCUUAGCUAAAGACAUAGCAGCUAGCAGCAUGGGUGAUAUAACUCCCAGGCUCGGCAACAUGAAGGCUUUGCUAGGAAUAGUUGCCGGGGCUGGAGCUUCUUAUGGGAUAUAUAAGCUUAUUAGUUUCAAGAGGAACAAGAAAAAUGCCACAGGUGAGAAUCCUGGGGUCAAAGGCGGUCAGCAAAGUGAAGUGAAGAUACAACCAGGGAGUCUGCUGGCCAGAGUGUCCGGACUGGAUGUUAUCUGUCCCCGACCACUGGAUAUGACAUCAGGGGACAUCAUCCACCAGUCCCCUGACAACCUGGAGCCACAGCACCUAAAAAUGCUGCUGUCCUGUCUGCAGACCAACAAUAAUCCCUCUGACAGGUGCCGGGUUCUUCUUACAUUAGGAAACAGUGCUGCCUUCACUGUGAAUCAGAAUCUAAUACGGGAAUUUGAUGGGAUUCAUAUCAUAGCCGGUUUCCUUGCUGAUCCUGCACCUGAGGUUAGGGUGCAGACUCUCAACGCUUUAAAUAACCUGUGUAUGAACAUUCAAAAUCAGGAACAAAUAAAGGUUUAUGUUCCACAAGUGCUGGAACUGAUUGAAAUGUCACCAGUGAAUUCGGACCUUCAGCUCGGUGCUCUGAGGCUGCUCACAAACCUUUCAGUAACAGACAAACAUCAACACCUACUGAAGGAAUCGGUUACUCUUUUACUGUCUCUUCUGGUUGUGAGCAAUGAAGCCUUACAGGUUCAGACACUGAAAGUCCUUGUGAAUUUGUCAUCUAACCCAGAUAUGAUGGAUGACAUCGUUCAAGCUCAGGCGCCAGCUUCUGUGGUGCUGCUGUUUGAUGAACGAACAGCCCCUGCGGUGCUUCUGCGUCUGCUGACCUUUACAGGGAACCUGAAGGCCUGGAGGCCAUCGGCCCAGGUGGCCGAUGAACUUAGGCGGAAACAGGAUUGCCUCUUCCGGGUCAUGUUAGAUGAAUCCUCCCAGCUCCACGGCAAACUGGUCCAGCUGCUUUCGCACCCUGAUGGAGAGAUUCAGGCCCAGGUGGCCCGUAUCUUGACCUAGACCUCCUUCCCUACACUUGAUUUUGCUUCCAAAGUCACCAACCUUUCACAUUUCCACUUUUAACUUGUAUGUAAGUUGACAGUAAAUUUAUAGAAGAGUUGGCUAUGUGUAGCCUAAGUGUGGAUUCACUGCUUACACUCCUUCCAUACCUGCAGUGCUCCCUGUAUCAAUAUUAUCACACAACGCUAAAUUAUCCCUUCCCUCAUUUCUAGCAUCUUACGCUGCAAUUAACUGAUGGGCAAUAAGGGAGCAGGAAGCAGGAGGAACCCUGUCAUUCAGUGGAGUCUAAACAGGCCACCUCUUCCUGUUUUUCCUGCUGCCAGGAACUGUUUUCCUUUCAAAAUCCACAGUGUCCUUUUCUUCUUCUGAGAACUUCCCCUAAAAAAAAAAAAAAAAAAAUCUCUGAAGAUGCUUUCCAGGUGAAAUUUCUGAAUCCAACUCCACUGCCAAAAGUUUUCUAGAGAAUGUUUUAGUAUGACUUCUACAGCAUGAGCCUGUGCACUGUUCCCCUCCCCUCCUUGUGUGGAGUAUUUUUAGUUUAAGAAGCAGGAUAUCGUGUUUUUUUGUUUUGUUUUUUUUAUUUAAAAAGACAGGCCAAAGUGACUAACCUACAGGAUUACUCUGAAAGUUAGAGGGGUUCAGUGUAUCAAGGAGAUUUUGAAGUUGAGACACUUGCUCACCAGCAUUAAGAAGACCUAGCUGAGUUACGUGGGUCACCUGAGAAUGAGAACAUUUGGAUAAACUUUUAUCUGUGAAAGUAUGCUGACCACAGCUGCCUGGAAGGGUUGAUCCAGGCUGUGUCGGUGUCAUUGACUCUCUCUCUCUCUCUCUCUGAACUGGCCUCCAAAUACCUGCAAAAUCCUCAAGGGAGGAGCUGGAGGAAGUUACAAGAGGAAAAAGGAUGUUUGGACUGCUUCGAUUGUUCUACAGCCACCGCAAGUAUCACAAACAUGUCAGACUGACAAAGCAGCAUCAUGAUGAUGAUCUGAAAGCUGUUACUUUUAAAAAAUGGUAUUGAAUGUUAAAUACAAGCCUUGUCAUGUUAAGCUAUGCACUAAUAAGACUGCAAGUGACAGAUCCACCUGACUCCAUGUCUAAUGACUUGGUGUCAGUAUUUACAGAAAGGAGAGGUUAAGGGUGCAUGAAUUAUGUGACUGUGAUCCCAGAAGAUGAUGAUAAAUGCAAGAUUUUUACUGCAUGAGCCAGUCCAGGUGUGUUGAAAUGCUGCAUUUUUUUUUUUUUUUUUUUUAUGUUUGGACACUGAUUUUUAUUGAACCCAAAUCUAACUAUAUCUCAGGCAACUGUGGUUUACCAGAACAUAUGAAGCAGGAGGUUGAGUUACUUGUGACCUAGAUUAUCAUUAUUUAUUUAAUGAAGUAAGCAUUUUGCCUAUAAAAUUGAAAAUAUGCCUGUUUGAAUGAAAUAUCCAACAUGGUAAACUUGAUACCCCCUCCCCACCCUUGGUUGCUUUGGACGAAGUCUUGAAUAAAGAAUGUAAAAAUCUGA